GCAGUUCAGUACGCGUACAAGUCUCGUGGGUAGCGGAUGCCAGCAGAGAACAUUGGACAAAACUCGUUCGCUUAGACGCUUGCGCGCUUAGCAGAUUUUUAAAUUUCACACACAGCAACAACUUCUGCUUCCCCCCUUCCCACCGGUAACCCACCAAACGUUUGUCUUAAAACACGACAACCAGCAGAGGAAGUUGACACACAAAAAUUUAAAAAUGGCGGCCGUCAACGCAACACAAACGGACUAUUGGAACUUUCUGUUCAUCGAGCUGGCCGAUCCGCGUACCAAUGACUGGUUCCUGAUCAAAUCGCCGCUGCCGCUGCUGACCAUUCUGGCCUUCUAUCUGUACUUUGUGCUGUCGUGGGGUCCACGCUUUAUGCGGGAUCGCAAACCCUUCAAGCUGGAGCGCACGCUGCUCGUCUACAAUUUCUUUCAGGUGGCGCUCAGCGUUUGGAUGGUCUACGAGGGCGUGGUCAUUUGGCAGUAUUACAGCUGGCGCUGCCAGCCGGUCGAUUGGUCACGGACGCCGAAAGCGUACAGAGAGGCGCGUGUAGUUUAUGUUUAUUAUCUGGCCAAGAUCACCGAGCUGCUGGACACGAUCUUCUUUGUGCUGCGCAAGAACGAUCGUCAGGUGACAUUCCUGCAUGUCUAUCAUCACACAGUCAUGCCCAUGAUCAGCUGGGGCACAUCCAAGUAUUAUCCCGGCGGCCAUGGCACCUUCAUUGGCUGGAUCAACUCGUUUGUGCAUAUCAUCAUGUACUCGUACUAUUUCCUGUCUGCAUUUGGACCCAAAAUGCAGAAGUAUCUGUGGUGGAAGAAGCACAUCACCAAUCUGCAAAUGAUUCAAUUCUGCUGCGCUUUUAUACAUCAAACCCAGCUCCUCUACACCGACUGCGGCUAUCCGAGAUGGUCUGUUUGCUUUACGCUGCCCAAUGCCGUGUUCUUCUACUUCCUGUUCAAUGACUUCUACCAGAAGUCCUACAAGAAGAAGCAGGCAGCGGCCAAGGCCAAGGCCGACAGAGAGAGCAUUACCAACAACAACAACGAUAGCUGUGCCAAGAAUCUAAAUGCUGCCAUAGCCACAAACACAGCACAGCAAAAGAAGGUGCUGUAGAGCAGCUCACCCCUCCAACCUCUCCAAAAAUACCACCCACACAUACACACACAAAUACGUAAUGGGAACUCACAUACAAAAUCUAAAUAUGCACUGAUAAAAUGGUUUAUCUAAAGUUUUGAAGAUCGCCAUAAAAUUAUUAUUUUACUCAUUUUCCAAUAUUUAGAGAAAUGCAGAAAAUGUGUAACAUUGCAAUUUUCUAAAGUUGAUGGCAACUUUCGAAAAUUUAGGCAAAACAUUUCAUUUUCGAGUGUGGGAAUUAAACCAUCUAAUGCUUAAGUCUAUGGAGCGGGCGUUGUUCUAUGCACAACUUUGUUGACUAAUUUGUUAAGUAAUCCGCCGCUGCCGCCAAAAAAAAUAAGAAGAAAAAACAACAAGAAGAAAACAAAUGAAAAUAUUGAGAAGUUGAGGUUCGAGUUAAUAGGCAAACAUUUAAAUGCUUUUCGCAGCCGACGCUUCGUUUGAUGUGUGUUUGACACAAAUGAAAGAAGUUGUAUGUUUUACGGCCCAAAAAACAAAAACCUCGAUUUAAGUUAAGCAAACCCCUAGGAAUACAAGAAGAAAAAAAAGGAAUUAGUUGUUUAAAUAAGUUAAGAUACGCAUUUGGCAUAAGCAAAUGUGCCUUUAGAUAUUAUACAAAUAAAGUGUACAUUUAUAUAUAUAUAUAUACAUAUAGAGAUAUUGGCAUGUAAAGUACUUAGGCACAAACGAAAAGAAACCACAAAUACAAAGAAAUAUACGUCAUAUUUUUCCAAAAAAAAAAAAAAACACACACCAUGAAUUUUUGAAUUGUUUUUAAGCAUUGCGUAUAAUUUCUGGUGCUCCAUGAAUUGCAAUUUUAUCUUAAUCAUACGGAUAAAGCUGAGUGUAGCGGAAGCAUUGAAUCUUUAUCCAAGACAUGGACAAAAGACUUUAACCAAAUGCUUUGGGCGUGUCAGAACAGGUCCCAGAGCUCGAUCGAUGCUUGCCAUGCAGAUUGAUCAAGCUCAUGAAUUUUAAUAUAAUUGCAGAACAGAUAUUGCCAUUGUUAAGAACCCGGCAAGGCAGUCAAAAGACAAUAUACAUAAACCGAUUUCAAGCUCACCUUGAGGAUGACAGCCGUUGAGAUGAGAAUAUUUUUAUAUAUUUAUAUAAACAUAUAUAUAUGAUGCGCACAGGCCAUGGGUUUUUCACACAACCUUUUAUUGAUCAAUUUGUUUGAAAAACGGAACCUUAAAACCCAAAGCGGAAGCGAAAAGCAUAAUUGACGGGCAGCGAGCAGCAAGCAGCGGGCAGCAUCUCUGAGCAUCAAGAGCUGCCAACAGUAGCAUUUGAGCCGGUUCUGCUUUCGGCCUUGAUCUUGACCACAAACUCUUAGCGUCUGCGCAUUUGAUUCUUUGUGUCUUCGAUUUUCGGUCUGCUUUUGAUAUUGUUUAGAUUAUCGCAGAUUUCAGCGCAGGGUCGUGAUUUGGGGUCGCCUAAACAAUUCAUGAUGCUAUUUUUUUUCAAAUUAGAAAUUUAAUAGCUUUUGGUCUAAUUAAAAAUAAUAUUCAAUGACCAUUAAUCUGGUAUAAGAGAAAUAAGCCUUUUAUUUGAAGGCUGCAUUUGUGUUUAGAUCUUCAAUAAAAAACAACAAUCUUGAUCGAGCUUAAUAUAAUAGUGGAGUUGUCUUUAAUUCAUUUUCGCACUCAUUUCCAUAAAUUUUCAAUUGCGCCUCAAAGUAUGCCAGUUUUUUGACGCAAAUUCCCAUUUUUCAAUAUAUUCGAAACGCUGCUGACCUAAUUGGUCAACGUAUUUGUCAACUCAACGAGACCUUAA